AAAGAAAGAAAGAAAGAAAAGAAAGAAAGAAAAGGGGCGCCCAAGAAGCUGCACAAAGCAGAGAACCACCCCAGUGGGUGAUGCAAUGCCCGGGAUACAGCUGCGGCUCCCGAUUGGUCGGCGAGCGCGGCACCUGCGCCGUGGAUUGGCAAAGGGGCGGGUUUGGAGGCGAGGCCGGUGGGUGCCGCGUGGCGGGCGCCGCGCUGCAGACCGGAGAGCCGCACUUGGCCGCCCCUUGCAGAGAAAGCCGUUGCCAUCUGUGAGGGGUGUGGGGCCUGCAGACGUCAUGAGCGUGGGCUUCAUCGGGGCUGGCCAGCUGGCCUUUGCCCUGACCAAGGGCUUCACAGCCGCAGGUGUCCUGGCAGCUCACAAGAUAAUGGCCAGCUCCCCAGACAUGGACCUGGCCACAGUUUCUGCCCUCAGGAAGAUAGGGGUGAACCUGACACCCCACAACAAGGAGACAGUUCAGCAUAGCGAUGUGCUCUUCCUGGCUGUGAAACCACACAUCAUCCCCUUCAUCCUGGAUGAGAUUGGCGCUAACAUCGAUGACAGGCACCUUUUGGUGUCCUGUGCAGCUGGUGUCACCAUCAACUCCAUUGAGAAGAAGCUGACGGCAUAUCGGGCAGCCCCCAGGGUCAUCCGCUGCAUGACCAACACCCCGGUUGUGGUGCGGGAGGGGGUCACCGUAUAUGCCACGGGCACCCAUGCCAAGGAGGAGGAUGCCAGGCUCCUGGAACAACUGUUGGGCAGUGUGGGCUUCUGUACAGAGGUUGAGGAGGACCUGAUCGAUGCUGUCACAGGGCUCAGCGGCAGUGGCCCUGCCUAUGCGUUCACAGCGCUGGAUGCCCUGGCUGAUGGUGGUGUGAAGAUGGGGCUUCCCAGGCGCCUGGCAGUGCGCCUGGGAGCUCAGGCCCUUCUGGGGGCCGCCAAGAUGUUACUGGACUCAGAGGAGCACCCAGGCCAGCUCAAAGACAACGUCUGCUCUCCAGGCGGGGCCACCAUCCAUGCCUUGCACGUGCUGGAGAGUGGGGGUUUUCGCUCCCUGCUCAUCAACGCUGUGGAGGCUUCUUUCACCCGUACACGGGAGCUGCAGACCAUGGCUGACCAGGAGACAGUCUCGCCUGCUGCCAUCAAGACAGUCCUGGACAAGGUUAAGCUGGACUCCACUGGAGGAGCCUCCCUGUCCUCUUCAGGCCAUGCCAAACCAUUAGCCCACAGCCUGACCCCAGCAGGGCAGGAUUGACCAUCCUGGCUGCCUACCCCACCUCUUCACUUUUCUUGCUUUCUUGUUUUUUUUCUGAGAUGAUGUCUUGACUAUGUGGCCCAGCUUCUGGGCUCUGGUCUUCCUGCUCAGGCUCCUAGGUGCUAGGACUACAGGUGUAUGCCACCACACCUGACUAUGUUCUGCUGUCUUUUCCUGGCUCAAGGCUUCUCCUAGCACAAGGCCAUGCAGUGUCUCCACAGUGGGCAACUGCCCAUCAUGGCCUGGCUCAACCAGGCCCAGCUGAAGUUGAAGUCAUGGAGGGGCACAUGACCUCCCCUGGGAACCUUCAUGGUCCCAGAGUGCAAGCCCAAUCCAGGGGUGGCUUCUCAGGCCUCCUUUUCCUCCAGCUUCCUCUGGGGCCAAGGCCUGCAAGAGGACCUUCCUUACCUCCAGUGUCAGCUGGCUUGAACUCUAUUUCCUCCUGAAAACAAAUGUGAAAGUAUCCUGCUGCCCCUCCACAUACCAGAGGCACCUUCCCAUGUGAGGACCAGUGGGGUCCAGGGAGCCCAAGCCCAAUGCUGGGAGCCCAGGUCCCAUAACCCCAAGGGGAUAUUUGGAAAAAGGGCUUAUUUCCACCACCCAAGUACUCAGGUCACUGGCUCCUGUUCCUGUCACUUCUUUCUGGACCCUUUAAGUUGAAUAAAUUGGUUUCUGAAA